AUUAAAUAUAGUUAUGCAGGUGGUAUGCUUUGGCAUUUAUCCACAUUUGGAUCCCACAGGAACUAACUUGACAAAGGCUAAGGAAUGGGAGACUGGUCCAUUCUUGGUCGCUUCCUAACGGAGGUGCAGAACCACUCGACGGUCAUCGGUAAGAUCUGGCUGACCGUGCUGCUGAUCUUCCGCAUCCUGCUGGUGGCGCUAGUGGGCGAUGCGGUGUACAGCGACGAGCAGUCCAAGUUCACCUGCAACACGCUGCAGCCCGGCUGCAACAACGUCUGCUACGACACCUUCGCGCCCGUCUCCCACCUGCGCUUCUGGGUCUUCCAGAUCGUCCUGGUCUCCACGCCGUCCAUCUUCUACAUCGUCUACGUGCUGCACAAGAUCGCCAAGGACGAGAAGCUGGAGGUGGACAAGGUGCCGGCCAUCGCCGGGGGUCCGACCGCCGACGACUUCUCGCUGGCGCAGGUGAAGCUGGACGCGGAGGACACCACGGACGCCAGCGCGUCCGCUCCGGUCUUCAGCUCGGGCCCCGACGACACCUGGGGCCCCCCGCUGGGCAGCGAGAGCGUGGGGCAGAACCUGCUGGAGGACGGGGUCCCUGUGGUGCGGAAGGACCCCACCGAGCUGUCCAGCCAGGUGCUGCUCAUCUACAUCGUCCACGUGGUGCUCAGCUCCAUCAUGGAGAUCACCUUCCUGGUGGGCCAGUACUACCUGUUCGGCUUCGAGGUGCCGCACCUGUUCCGCUGCGAGACCUACCCGUGCCCGAACCGGACCGACUGCUUCGUGUCGCGCGCCACCGAGAAGACCAUCUUCCUCAACUUCAUGUUCAGCAUCAGCCUGGGCUGCUUCAUCCUCAACAUCGUGGAGCUGCACUACCUGGGCUGGGUCUACAUCUUCCGCGUGCUCUGCUCCGCCUGCUCCACCUGCUGCACCCCUCACCGGAGCCCCCUGGAGAGGCUGGGGCUCUACCCCGACCACAACCCCCUCCUGCUGCAGCUCAAGCACUCCCUCCAGAGCCGGGUGGUGCUGCAGGCCCCCGCCACCAUGGUCCAGGAGAGGAGCUGCGCCGUGCCGGCCUACACCCCCGCCAUCUCCUUCCAGACGGACUCCACGCUGCAGUGCACGUCCAGGAGGGGGCUGGACGACAAGGAGCACUGCAAGGUCAAGCUGGCCAAGUUAGGCAGGGGAGAGAAAUCCUGGCUGUAAAAGCCCAAUUCACACCAAAGAUCCGCGACGAGAGGAAACCGGUGCAGAAGGAGUUGCAGCCGUGUGAAUUACAUGUUGCACGUCCUUGCCAGCUGUUGCAAGCCGUCGCAAAGCGUUCACCAUGUCUAGUCGCAGUUGCAAGGUUUUACAAUGUUCCAGCUCAUCUCGUCGCGAAACUUUGGUUUGAA